AUGACACGCGGUCGUAACGAGUGCUCGGUGGACAUUGGCGGUGAAGGGCGCAAGAAGUCGGCCGGACGAGGUGCGCAACGCAGACAACUGGCUCAGCCUCGCACGCCUAUCGGCACUAAAUUCGUACACAAACACACCUCAACGGUCAGUUUAUUUGGGACUUUUGAUUGA